AUGGGCCGGGCUAAAUCUGAGCAGAGGGCCAUGUGGUCCGAUUUCCCACAUAACAUCAUCUUCCCGGGCAUCAAUUUACCUGACGACUAUAGUGCCCUUCUCAAGAAGUAUCUGCAAAUUGCGCCCUAUGAGAUCGACAAUCCGUUUGACAAUCCCAUCAUCCACCAUCCGGAAGAAUUGAAGCCCCCGGAAUAUCCAGAGGGGUACGAUGAUAUGGAUCCUGAAGCAAAGCACAAGCGGAUGAGCUUAUCAGACGCCAACACUCCUUCUAUCUCUCUCGUGUAUUUAAUGGAGGUCUGA